UGAUGGGCUGAGGCUAUGACGCGAGUCCCGCCCCCUUUGGCUGGGGUCUCGCUGCCUCUGCCUGCGAGCUCUCAUUCAGCCCGGGGCUGCAGCGACGAAGACAGCGGAGCCUGCGGGAUGGCGGCGGGCGAGGGCGGGGCCGAGUCCCUGCCCCCGCCCUCCCCGGCCCCCCACGGGCCCCUCCCCGGUCCAGAGCGCGCCCUGGAAGAAGCAGCGGCGUCGGGCAGCCUGAGCCUGGCGGGACGGCGCCUCAGGCACUUCCCCGGAGGAGCCGCCCGGCGCUGGGACCUGAGCGACACCACGCAGGCGGACCUGUCCCGCAACCGCUUUGCGGAGGUGCCGGAAGACGCCUGCCAGCUGGUGUCCUUGGAGGGCCUGAGCCUCUACCACAACUGCCUGCGCAGCAUCCCCCCCGCCAUCGCCAACCUCCAGGCCCUCACCUACCUGAACGUCAGCCGGAACCAGCUGGCCUCCCUGCCCCCCUGCCUCUGCCGCCUGCCCCUCAAGGUCCUCAUCGCCAGCAACAACAAGUUGGCCUUCCUGCCCGAAGACCUCGGCGCCCUCAGCCACCUCCGCCAGCUGGACGUCAGCAGCAACGAGCUGCAGGCCCUCCCGGCGAGUGUGGCUGGCCUGGAGUCUCUUCGGGACCUCAACGUCCGGCGGAACCAGCUCAGCCGCUUGCCCGAAGAGCUGGCCGACCUGCCUCUGGUGCGGCUGGACAUCUCCUGCAACCGUGUCGCCCGCAUCCCUGUCUGCUACCGGCACCUGAGGCACCUGCAGAGCAUCCUGCUGGAGAACAACCCCCUGCAGUUCCCCCCUGCGCAGGUUUGCUUGAAGGGCAAGAUCCACAUUUUCAAAUACCUCAACAUUGAGGCCUGCAGCAGAGCCCGGUCAGAUCUGGCGGAGUUCACCCGCGGGAACCGCCCCACCGGCUUUGGAACGUGCCUCCCAGAUGACUUCUACCCCCUGCGGCAAUAUGGCGGUCUGGACUCCGGCUUCAACAGUGUCGACAGUGGCAGCAAACGCUGGUCGGGGAACGAGUCCACAGAUGAGUUCUCGGACCUCUCCUUCCGCAUCGCCGAGCUGGCCCGGGACCCCAAGCAGCUGAAGGAGAGGUGCAACGGAGCCGUCGACGCCGGCGAGCUGGAGCAGAUCGACUAUAUUGACAGCAGCCUCAACGGAGAGGAGGAGGAGGCGGAGGUGGCGACAGGCCGGCCGGAGGGCGGCUCGCGGGGGGUGGCAUCCGUGGAGGAGCAGCCCAGGGCUGGGAAGAGCCCCCUCCCGAAGGCAGGUGCUGCCGAACACGGUCUGGCCGCCGGCAGGGCCAGCAGUGGGGCUGGCCUGUCCGGGGAGGAGCGCCCCCGCCGCCCCCCGGAGGUCUUCCAGCUGUGGCAGGAGAGGGAGCGCCAGCAGCAGCAGCAGCAGCAGCAGCAGCAGCGGCCCCUGUGGAGCCAGGCGGCGGCGGAGAGGCGCGACAGUGGCCUGGCAGAGAGCAGCAGUGGCAGCGGCAGCAGCUUCUCGCAGCUGAAGUACCGGAGCCAGGGAUCUGAGCCACUGGCAGGUUCCCCCAGACAAGCCGCCCGCCACACAGAUCCUGCUCAGCUCCAGAGCUCCCUGGCUGCCAGCCCUUCGCCCCGCGAGCCGAGCUCGGCGCAGAAACCCAGCAGCUUCCUCUUCCGCUCCUCCUCCUCCUCCUCACGGAGCAGCAUCCAGCGGAGCGCCAACCCCUCCUCAGCGGAGCUCAGCAGCCCCUGGAGGCUGCCCACUGGAUGGCACGCGCUGGAGGAGAGAGAGCUGUCUGUUCAGCUGCGCAAGGCCAUUGAGUUGCAGCUGAACAUCACGCUUGCUGAGGACCUGGCCGAGGCGCUGGCAAAUGGGGUGGUCCUCUGCCAACUGGUGAACCAUCUGCGCCCACGAUCCGUGCCCUUCAUUCACGUGCCCUCACCGGCGGUGCCAAAGCUGAACGCCAUGAAGAGCCGGAAGAAUGUGGAGAGCUUCUUGACUGCCUGCCGCCAGCUGGGGGUCCCAGAGGUGUCUCUCUGCUCUGCCUCCGACAUCCUCCUCCGAGGCAACGUCUGUGGCUUGCUGCGCCUCCUCGAAGCCCUGCUGCCUCCUGUAGUGGUGGGGCCGCCAGCAGGGAGAGGGGGUCCUCUGGCUCCCAGCGCCCUCUCUGAGCACCUGGCAGGCUUUGGCCUCUUCUAUGUCUCCGUCAUGCUGCUGCUGUACCUCGCUUAUCGCAAGCUCUGUGGCUACUGAGGGAGGAGGGGGGAAGUGGGGCAGCUCCCCCCCCCCGAGGGCUGGGGCCUGGCCUGCCCCGUGGAGGUGGUGGACACGUGCCCAACUCUGCUGGAGCGGGGCCCUCCUUGGGCUGCUCAGCCGGGCUUUUGCACAAAUCCCUCCCCAGGGACGAAGUUUCUCCUGGAAGUGGGGGAAAGGGUGGGGUCAGCGAGGAGCAGAGGGGAAGCAGGCCAGGCUGGUGCGCCCCCCACCCCUGCCCUCUGUGCUCUUGUCACUCUCUCUGCCUCUGCUGCCACCCGCACGCACACCAGGCGCCCCUCUUGAAGACCUCCCUCCCCAGCAGGCUCUCCUCCUCCUCCUCCAGAAUCCCGACUUGCUUGCACCUGUGCCUUGUCGCUAGCAAAGGUGUCUGAUCUCCAGAAAUGCUUUGACCGGAAGGGAGGGAGCCCCUGAGGGCUCCUCCCUCCCUUGGUUGUGUGCACUGAAGCGGUGUUGCACGCCUCCUGGCCCGCCUGCGGUAUGCGCCCACCAGACCAGCUGGCUGGCGUCAGGCACACUACAGCCUGCCCCCAUUUUGACUUCACGUGGCUUGCUGCAAGCCCCACCUGCUGCCAUGUGCUUCUGUCCCAAAUCUGCCCCUCUUCUUGCCAAGAAGCUGCCUCCCCUCCCAUGCCACGGAAAGCACUUUGCUUUUCCCCAAGUCAUGGCCCACUUUCUCCAGCCGCUUGGGGACCCUGCUGUGCAUCAGGCAGGGGGUGGGGUGGCUCGUGCAGUUGGACACUUUAUGGAGUUCCUGGUCUGUCCACCCCUGGAGGGUUCCAAGUGUUUGGCGCCAAGAUGGCUGCCGGUCUAAGCGCAGCCCUUCCAGCCUUCCUAAAUAUCGGUGGUGGUGGUUUUCCCUCCAACUGUGUCUCUUUAAGCCAAGUUGGAAACCAUUCCCAGGGUUGACUCUUCUGAACUCUUUCCUCUUCCUCUAGGCAGCCCCUCCCUCGGUGCCUGGCUGAAUUAACUUGCACUCCCAUCUUAAUGUCAAUGUGCAGUUCAGACAACUGAGAUAAAUACUCUCCCCCCCCCGCCCUGCCCCCUCUCCUGCCACUGAAGUCCCUUGUGUGGGUUUAAUUCCACCUGAAAAUCUUCCUAGCUAUGCUUUUGGGGUCCAAGUUCUCUGGUAUCUGCCCUAUACUCCCAGGACACAGACGCCUUCAGCAGCAGCAGCAGCAGCUGAGUGGAAAUGCCUUAAUGGACCUGCUGGGAAAGGGACCCCCCACCCCCACCCCGGCCAGACAGGGAUCAGGAACUUGCCUACUUCAGGUCCCUCAGCCCAAGUUCCAGCUCCUUGUGGUCUGUCCCCAUUUGCUGCCUUAAACACGUUAAAUUAUAUAUUUUAUAUAUAUAUAUAUUAUAUACAUAUAUAUAUAUAUUUGAAGAGAAGAAAACUAUGGGAUAUUGUAAAGAUUUGUCUUUUUAAGCAUGUACAAAACUGUAAAUAUUUUUGUGCUCUAUUUAUCAUUCUUCUUCCUCAGGAUGAUUCUUUUUAAAGGGCUCUCCUCUUUCCUUUAGAACAUUUGCUGUAAAUUUACCUUUUGGUGUGUGUGCCUCUUUGGCUUUUGUUAUGUUCUUCUAAAGUGUGUGCUGUACAUUGUGAAAAUGCUAAGAAAUGGUCCCCCCCCC